GACCCGGCGCAGUGUAUAUCUGAACGUCAAGGGCUUUGCCAGCUAGAUUAUUGCUUGUGCAGAUCGAGAGAGACAGAAGAAACUGGAGCUUGUCGAAAUUUCAAACGAUCAAAUGUCUAAUAUAUGUAUUGCUGCGCGGUCAAACAUCUGGACUAUUGUGCGAUAUUUUUUAAAAAACUGAGGUUUCUUUGCGGUUAUUUGGAUUACUCGUUCGAGAUCUUGCGCCAGUAGAUAUCAUCUGAAUAUUCUGAGACGGAGAGAUUGAUUUCUUUAUUUACAAAGUCUGAGGCAGUGAAGAACUGGAGCAUAGAGAAAUCGUCUCGACCACAUCGUCAGUUUAGUUAAGUUGCCCCAUUUUGGAAAUAUGGGAUAUCAAUAUCUCUGACUGAAGUGUAGUCUUUUUAUAAACCGCUUUUGAAAGAAUUAUCCUACACGGCUUGACUGGAGAGAAUUCGCUUGGCUUUCCGUUUUGAGCUCUUCCAGAAAUGGUGGGGCAUUUACAUCUACAAGCUAUGGAUGACAGUUUGAAAGGAAAGAACCGGGAGGGACUACUCGAUAGUCCAGAUUCCGGACUACCUCCAAGUCCAAGCCCGCCCUUCUACUCGCUUUCGCCAGGGAUCCUAGAAUCGCGGUCCGGGAGCUGUACAACUCCGGUUGAACAACAUGGAUACUACAGAAAGGAAAGCAGAGAGGGGAAACUGCUUCCAUAUCUCCUUCUAAACUCUCAAGGGACGGAGGCGAAAUCUCGCAUGUACCCUGUGUUCUACGGAGAGAGCAUUGAGGUCAAUCCUAAACCAGAGCAGGAGAUAAAGUUCAAUUCGGCAGUGAAGUACGCCUCAGACAGACGCUUUCGGGAUCAGGUGUAUUGCGCCCAGGUUCCCACGGUGACGUCCUACAGCGAGACGGUCGUGGCGGUGCAAAACUGCACGUGGCGCAGUUACAAAUCGGAGGUCCGCUUUGAGCCGAGACACCGACCGCUGCACUUUCAGAGCACAGCGAUCGUGUACCCCAAACACGCUCGGAACACAUACCGCACCACGCUCAACUACAACGCCAACGCCAACGCGGCCGGGCGACGCUGGUUCGUGUCGACGGUCCGGCUGGAGUCCAGCGAAGGUGUCAGUCCGUGCAUCAUCUACACGGAAGACCUCUGAGCUUCGACAAAGGAGCAGACGGCGUUUUUUUUUGUAGACACGUGUAAUUCACCUUUCUAAUGAUCAACUCAGCCAGUUUGGUGUGAGAGAAAAAUUAACAGAGAAGACUCCAAUUUUAGGCCUCUUUUAUUCAAACAAUGAAACAAACAAACAAAAAAAGAUUUCUACAGAUUUCCAGAAAACGAGAGAAGGAGAGAGGUAAAAAAAAAAAAAAAAAAAAAGAGAGAGAAAGAAAGGUCCAUUGUGUUGUUUGCCCGCUGAAGUAGGUACUGAGGAAGUGGCUAACUUCUGUUUGCGCAAACAUGUGUCUUUUGAGUGACAGCGUGUUUUUGUGGAAACACAUCGGUGAUUUAGCAUUUCUGUCUGCCUGUUUAAUUUCUCAACUUCCCCCACCAAUCCCCCCCCCCACCCCCCCUGCCGCCACCAGGAACGAAGGGAGGAGAAUGUGUUCUGGGUUAAAUUGUUUUUGUUUCUUUGCUUAGUCUACUUCAAGUCUUAUUCCAACCAUCACUGCACAGGCUGACAUCCAUCACGAGCCAAUAGCGUCUGUUCGUUAUUAUAGAAGCACGGCAUGGCACUUCAAUAUUAGCCAAUUUCUAUCAAGGGCUUAACAAUAGGCUGCAAUAGUCAGAAACUGGGACACACUGAAUGGUAGAAACAUCAGUGAACACCACCGUUGGUGGAAAUGACAUAUGAAAGCUUACAGGUGCACACAUACAUAUAUACAUAUACAGUAUACCCCAGGCCUUUUUAAAAGCUUAAUUGCACUUAUUUUGAGUUUAGAGGUAUUUCUUUUGUUUGUUUUAGUGUGGUUACAGUGGUUCUGGUUGAGCAAAUAAACUUGCAGUAAACAAGCACUUGAACGGUUGGACCAAAGAUUUCAGGGUGUGUUAAAACACGGCUCCGUCACCUCGGCCUGCCGAUACUCCCAGUUUCAUACUUUUGGGCUUUGGAAUCUUAAAAUUGACAAACCAAUAUUCCUUCCAGCGGAAACUCUAGGAACGGUUCUGGUGUCUUGAUUUUGUGGUCAUUUUGGUGAUGCUCAUUCUAAGAGUAAUUACGGUUACUCCCGAAAUCAAACGUCCAUCAAACCCAAAGAUAAAAAUACAACGUUGAAUAUCAGGAGCUGUAGUACAGCAUGUACCCGUUGCCUCAAAAAAAAAAAAAAAAAAAGAGAUUUCUCUUUCUCUUUUGGCCAAGAAUUUAAGUGGAAAGUGUUUUUCCUGUCAAGAGAGAAUGUGGUUUACCUGUCAGAAUUAAUUGACCUCAUUAAACGUUUAAAUCAUAAAUCAUCACCUUCAGACAUUGGGUGCAUGCCAUAAACAAUUUUCAGAUUUUAAAAAGGUCAAAAAUGUUUUUGAUUUUUCCUGGAGGACAUGUACAACAAAUAAAUUUGUCCCCAUUUUAGGUGUUUGUUAACUCUGUAAAGCGACUGGUCACACUGAUCCAGUGUCUGGAUUGCUUUGUCUGUUAAAUUAAUCUGCCUGGGUUCACUGAGUCUUUGACUCCAACAUAGAUCAAUCCCAGUAUGUAGCAGGGAACGUCUAAAGAAAGCAAAAAAUGGUUUGAACCUGUUCAUAUUAAGCCAAUCGGAUGGCUCAGAGAUUUGAAUUUGAGAUGUCUCUCUGGUCCACUGAACUUUAUUCAUGGUGUUUUUUUUUUGUCUGUCUUAUAUAUAUUUGGAUUAUAAAAAUUGAAUUUGGUAAAUACUGAACUUGGUAACAUUGAAUUCUUACCUCAUUUUUUUUCUUUUCUUCUUUUUUUUUUUCUUUUAAGAAUUCU